CAUGCCUUUCCUCUUACCUAAUAGACGCCACUGCCAAAGACUAAAAAACCAAAAGAUUUCCCUACUCCUCUUUUUCUGGUUACUAAGUUGUUGACAUUUUAUCUGCACGAAUUUUGAUAUACGUCAAAUGGCUCAUCCUGAACAACCCCACCACAGACGUGACUCGCUAAACAUAUUUAAUAGAGUUCUGUCAAAGUACAGUGCUGAUUAUGGCCCUGUUGGUGCUGUAUAGACGAUCUUUGCAGGCAGCAGUUUGCUAGAGGAAGCGCGGCUGUCACUGAGUUCUACCCAUCUGGCUUUGCAAGCGUGGUUAUGAGAUGGGUGUGGUAGAAAACCAACCUUGGGACUGACAGUCAGAGACCAACUGUACUCACGCCUACGUCCAACAGACAGAAUAAAGAACAGAAGAACAAGAUAUUCGGGUGCAAUGCACAUAUAAAACAGAUUGCUUAUCCCUGCCUCGGCUUCAAGAGGCUGAAAGCUGGCUCCCAAAAACAGGUCGUUGAUACUGCUGUGUGACCUGAACAAUGAGCCUGGUGCAGCUGCUGAAAUGCCACUUCUUGAUCCACCUGAUCAUCUGCUACGUGUUCCUGGUCAGCGGCCUCAUCGUCAACCUGCUCCAGCUAUGCACUUUACCUCUUUGGCUGGUCAACAAACAGCUGGCCCGCAAGGUCAACUGCAGGUUGGCCUACUGCAUCAGCAGCCAGAUGGUAGCUGCAUUGGAGUGGUGGUCAGGGACUGAAUGCACGCUUUACACAGACCCAAAGAGUGUCCCUCUGUACGGAAAGGAAAAUGCAAUUGUGAUUCUCAACCACAGUUUUGAGAUAGAUUUCCUGUGUGGCUGGACCUUCUGUGAGAGAUUUGGUGUUCUUGGGAGUUCCAAAGUUCUUGCCAAAAAGGAGUUGGCUUACGUUCCAAUUAUUGGUUGGAUGUGGUAUUUCCUGGAGGUCGUUUUCUGCAAGAGGAAAUGGGAAGAGGACAGAAAGACGGUGACCCUGAGUCUUCAGAACUUAAGGGAUUACCCUGAAAACUAUUGGUUUUUGCUGCACUGUGAAGGAACACGCUUCACACCGAAGAAGCAUCAAAUCAGCAUGCAGGUGGCAGAGAGCAAAGGUUUGCCCAAACUGAAGUAUCAUCUUUUACCAAGAACCAAAGGCUUCUGGAUGACUGUUCAAAACCUCAGAGGAACUGUCGCAGCUGUGUACGACUCCACGCUUAACUUCAGAAACAAUGAAACACCAACCCUGCUGGGAAUACUUAACGGGAAGAAAUACCAUGCAGACUUAUAUGUAAGGAGAAUCCCACUGGAUCUGAUCCCGGAAGAUGAAGCUGAGUGUGCUGCUUGGCUCCACAAACUCUACCAAGAAAAGGACAGUUUUCAAGAGGGCUACAUGCAGACAGGGCGGUUCCCCGGUCCCACAGUGAGCCCUCCACGUCGCCCCUGGUCAUUGAUCAACUGGAUGUUCUGGUCUUGCCUUACCUGCUACCCACUGGGCCUGCUCCUCCUGCAGCUCAUGUCCUCAGGAUCAGUCACAACCAUCUUGGUUUCAGUGGCUCUAUGCACUGCAGGUUGGUCUCAUGCAUUCAAAGAAAUCCUCGGCGAUGUCGCCCCGCUUUUAAGGGUUUCACGGACCAUCCUUGCAUUUAACCCGCUCCUCUUUGUUUCAUAAAGCAGCAGAUUUGACAUCUUGUAAUGUAAGUUACAUUUCCUUUUAAAAUAGUCACUCUCAGUGUUGACAGCAAUCAGGCAUAAAUACAUUUUAGCAUUUGCAUACAGUGGAACCAAUAAAGUUGACAAACGGUCAUACAGUUUGCCUUAAAAUUUUGGGGAAAGUACGCAUAAAAAGACUGCAAAAUGUUACAGCAAGACCAUACAAGGCGUCAAAUAAUUAGCUUUUCUUUUACUUAUUAAAGAAGGCGUAAUUAGAGGAAGAAUAUACCCUGAAAGUGAUGUGAAGUAAUCUCACGUUCAAAGUAAUAAGACUCCAGAGGUCUUUUUCCGAAGGCGUCCCAAUACUUGAGUACAGCAUCACUGUAUGCAUGCUGUAUUCUUAUUACUCUGUAAUCAACCACCUGUUAAUUCGGAUAUACAAUUUGCUACAUUUAAGUGUGCUGAAAAAUACACUGAAAAGAAGUAGAUUUACCUUAAAUUACGUGAUGUCUUUCAAUGGAACCCCCUCAUUGCUCAUAAAAACACGGUUUAAGGUACGAUUCAAAUAUGCUGCGACUAUUAAAGAAAGUAGUGUUAGACAAAUAGAUUUUUAGACUUGUGUGGUAGCUUUUAGCUUGAUUGACUUGAUUGAUUGAUUUAAUGAAUUUAAAAGUGAUCAGUCUGACUAAAAAUUUUAAUUAUUUGACAGCCCUAAUGUUUUUACAUUUGAAUUAUUUUGAACAAUUUUCGUUUUACGCUUGUGUGACAGUUAUAAAUGUUCAUAUGUUACUUAAAACAUGUCCUCGACAGUUAACAGCAGUUCUUCGUCACACUUUGACACUGGAACUGGUAUAUUCUAUUUCCAUGAUUUGGUAGGGGAAAAAUAGUUUCGUAAUCCAAACAAAUGAGUGAUAGACCCGCACAACAGAUUGUGUUUGACUUUUUGAGGUUCCACUGUAGUUUGCCCUCAGAUUUAAAGGAGGGGUUCUACCAGCAUGUGUUAAUGAAGAGCAUGUUCUAGUUUCCUCAAUACACAAGUUAUGGCGUUAAAUGGCGAUUCCAGAGAUGACAAUAUUUGAACUUUGAGACUUCAGCUACAUGAGUAACUGGACUUUUUAAAGGGGUAGUUGUGGAUGAUUUAAAUUUUUUUUAAAAAGAGAGAUUUACUUUGGAAGCAUCUCUGUGAAACGCUCCAGUAGUAAAAAAUACAAUGAAUGAAAACAUGAAAACAUACAAUGAAUGUUUUCUUUGCAGCUUCAGUAGGAGUUCGUUGGAUGAUUGGCCAGACUGAGAUCAACAGAGCUUCAAACUAUGGUGAAAGCAAGGUGACGCGUCAAAACAACAACUAAGGAAGCCACAAGUGCUUGGAGAUGCGUCUUUGCAAAGCUGCUAGGUCCCAGCUUUGUGACUGCUCUGUUGCUGCUGCUGCUGCUGCAACAUGUGGAGACAUGUGCAAAAGCACAAUGCAGGCAGUGUGCUCUCCAGAAUCAAGUGGGCCGUGCUUGGAAGAGGGUUAAAAGCUUGGAAAAAUAUUCUCCCAUUUGCGCAAGCAGACUCCAAAUAUGACUUUUAAACGGAAGUCACACAAAACACAUUUUAUACAACAUACUAAUACUGUUUGCACUCACUUUUUAUUGUUGAUGCUGUUUCUUUUUAAUCAUUUUGUUCAUGGAAAAUAAAUACGAUACAUGUAUGUACUUUAGACAAAGUCAAUAUUUGUACUUUGUAUUGAAUUCCAGCACAUUUUCUGUAAUGCAGCCAAUAAACACUUCUUUUUUUUUUAAAUAGCUUUUGAAGAGCUUUGUUGGCUUCCAUUCUUAUGUGAAAUCUACUGUAUACCAGAAAGAUGAUUUAAUAGUGUGGGUAGGGUCAAAGAAACCAUUAUAGUAAUAUUUUAUUUUUCUCCAACUGCAGGGUAUCAUGUUUACCUCAUAAUUGGUAACUAAAAUUGAAAGACAAAAGAAAGAGAAAAGAAUUUGAUCCCUGUUGGGUGAAGAAACAUACCUUGCCUGCAUCUGAUAACACCAUGAGUGCAGCAGACCUCAUCACCAAAUGAACACAAAUCUAGAGUGUUUGAGUCUAACAAACACAAUUUAUUUCAUGAUCCAGGUAAAUUAUCACAAUAUAGGUAUACUGGUAUCACAAUAUGUUCUCCCCGUGCGUGCGUGGGUUUUCUCCGGGUAUUCCGGUUUCCUCCCACAUUCCAAAAACAUGCAUGUUAGGUUAAUUGGCGACUCUAAAUUGUCCA